AUGAAUGAAGCUUGCUUGGACAAACUUGGAUGGCAAAUGCUGCACGACGACGAUAGUUUAUGUAAGCAGAUUAUAUUGGGGAAGUAUGCAAGGCAAAAUGAUUACUCUAAUUGGGUUGCAAAGAAUACUGACUCCAGUUUUUUGAAAAAUAUGGCAAAGAUAUGGCCUAAAAUUGUUAAGCAUAGCAUGUGGUAUGUGGGAAAUGGUUUGAAGAUUGAUGCUUAG